UUCAGUUGUUGAGAAAAUUUUCAUUUUAGCAGUUGUGUGCGGUUAAAAACUAUAAUGUUGGACCAAAGUAGGAAGUAUCCUCGAGAAGCUACUGUGGCUGCCGCAAUUUGCGGAAUUUUAUUCUGCAUAAUUGGAGUUAUCGGUAACCUAGUUACGAUCAUAGCAUUGGCACGAUGUCCAAAAUUACGCGUACAAGCAACAACGGCGUUCGUGAUUUCGCUGUGUUUGGCGGAUUUACUUUUUUGCGCCCUUAAUUUGCCUUUAACGAUUUCGAGAUACGUUAAUGAAGCUUGGACAUUAGGAACCGUACUUUGUCAACUAUUUCCUGUGUUAUUUUACGGCAAUGUCGCUGCUUCUCUGCUCAAUAUGGUGGCUAUAACAAUUAAUAGGUACAUUUUGAUAUCUUGUAAUCGAUACUACAACCAAAUGUAUUCGACAGCAUCAAUCUGCCUGCAGCUGUUCUUUUGCUGGGGUUUCUCCUUUAGUAUAAUGUUGCCACCCCUCUUGGGCAUCUGGGGAAGACUGGGACUAAACGUAUCUACGUUCUCUUGCACCAUUCUAGAGAAGGACAAUAAAUCACCGAAGAAAGCAAUAUUCCUUCUAGGGUUUGUAUUACCCUGCGUUGUUAUUAUAAUGUCCUACUCCUGCAUUUAUUGGAAAGUUAGACGUACAAGAAUGAAGCUUAGAACACACGAUGUGCAAACUGUCAAGGAAAGAAGAAAAGCAUCUAGAGACAAAGAAGACAACAGAUUAACGAAAUUGAUGCUAGUUAUAUUUCUGUGCUUCGUAAUAUGUUUUUUGCCGUCUAUGUUAAUGAAUGUAUUUGAUGAUGAGGUUACAUAUCCAGCAUUACACGUUGUCGCAUCCAUUUUCUCUUGGGCUUCGAGUGUAAUAAAUCCAUUUAUUUACGCUGCGAGUAACCGCCAAUAUCGUACUGCUUACUCAAAGUUGUUCAAUUGCAUCAUAGGCAGCGGUAAGGUUUGUGAAGUAAACUCGCACAAACCUGGAACCACAGAUAAUAAAGUUGGGUGUUCCGAUAAAAUAAAUGGAAAUGUAGAUCUAACAUAAUUUUGAAACUAAAAGUUUAAUCUUGUUAAUAUUUUGUUAAUAUCUAUUUAACAUUUUAUAAGACUGAUAACUAUAGGAACUGAAAACUGAUUUUUUUCAGAUUAAUAUUUAUGUUAUUAUUUUAUGAACUCUUUUUGUUGGUUGCAACUUUACCUUGCAUAGUUAGAUAUUGUAGUAAAUAUACAAUUUUUAUUUAUAUUUUUACAUAUAGGUGCCCAGUGUGCCGUGAUGGGCAAAUUACAAGGAUAGAGUAAUGGAAUUACCCAUUACCAAUUACACACUAAGAUAUGUUGUAAUCCCAUUACCCAUUACUCAAUUUUAUCGAUUCUAUUAAAAUUAUCCAUUACAA